UUCUCCUCUCCACCGCGCAGAGCUCGACGCGCAAAGGCACAACAGAUGGUAACAGUACUACAGGCUGCAGGAGCGCAAGAAUUUGGUGUAGAAGUACUUUUAUUUCUCCAAAACUUCAUAGGAACGUUUAGUGUAACAGGAGUAGGGGGGGUUUCUCCGAGGACAAACUCGACUUUGACGGUCACUGGAUCCUACGUUUAGAGGCGGAAUUUGGUGUCAAGGUCAGGAGUGGCCAUGCCAUUUGGCUGUUUAACAAUCGGGGAGAAGAAGGAUUACAACAGUCCUUCAGACGUGACAGAUAAAUAUGAUCUGGGCCAGAUCGUUAAAUCGGAGGAGUUCUGUGAGAUUUUCAGGGCCAAGGACAAAACUACAAUGAAAAUGUACACAUGUAAAAAGUUCCUGAAAAAGGAUGGGAGGAAAGUCCGCAAGGCUGCCAAAAAUGAGAUCCUCAUCCUAAAGAUGGUGAAGCAUCCCAACAUUCUCCAACUGGUGGAUGUCUACGAGACCAAAAAAGAGUACUUCCUCUUCCUUGAACUUGCAACAGGCAGAGAGGUGUUUGACUGGAUCCUGGAUCAAGGCUACUACUCAGAGCGAGACACCAGCAAUGUGGUGCGCCAAGUGUUGGAGGCCGUCGCCUACCUCCACUCCUUGCACAUUGUCCACAGAAACCUCAAGUUGGAGAACUUGGUUUACUACAACCGCCUGAAGCACUCUAAAAUAGUCAUCAGCGACUUCCAUCUUGCUAAGCUGGAGAACGGACUAAUCAAAGACCCCUGUGGGACGCCAGAGUACCUGGCUCCAGAGGUGGUUGGCAGACAGCGGUAUGGCAGACCAGUGGACUGCUGGGCAACAGGUGUCAUCAUGUACAUCUUGCUGUCAGGAAACCCUCCUUUCUACGAUGAAACUGAUGACGACGAUUAUGAAAAUCAUGACAAGAACCUGUUCCGAAAGAUCCUGGCAGGCGAUUAUGAGUUUGACUCUCCAUACUGGGAUGACAUCUCUGAUUCAGCUAAGAGUCUGGUUGCUCGUUUGAUGGACGUGGAUCAAGACCAGAGACUGACAGCCCAGGAGGCUAUAAACCAUGAAUGGAUCUCUGGCGGUGCAGCUUCAGAUAAGAACAUCAAGGAAAAUGUGUGUGCACAAAUAGAGAAGAACUUUGCCAGAGCUAAAUGGAAGAAAGCUGUGCGGGUCACCACCAUAAUGAAGAGACUGAGAACACCUGAGCAGAGUGAAUCGAAGGCGGCUGCCCCUGCUGCCGCCGGCGCCCCAGCAGACCCCUCAGUUCCCCAGGCUGCGGCCAACCCCCCAGCGCCUUCAUCUGACGCAGCGCCCGAGGGUGCCCCCGCCGCGGUCACAGAGCCCCCCGCAGGAGCAGCGAUUAGUCAACCGGCGCCGGAGGCCGGAGCCGGGGUGGCAGAAUCAGCCGAAGACCCGCAGCAGCCGAAUCCGGCACUGCAGUUAGCCGAGGCCACAUCACGGUGCAACGGGGAAGCUUCCGCCACUCUUCACACAGCUGAUGAGGCUGGAGAUGAGCAGGGUUAAAUCCCCAACAGACCUCUACCCCCUCCUCUGUGACCUCUGCAGUCCCCACCAACUCCUGCACACUGUACAUUAGCUGCUAGCAUGGUGACACUGACUCUGCUUCUCUCUCACUUGCAGCAUUAGUAUCAUCUCAUGGAGGCUGUGUGCUACCUUUCCUGAGUGCAGCGUUGCAUUGGCUUUCUUUUCUCAUGUCUUGUGUUUUGUUUUUUCCUCUCAAUGACCCCUCCGGUGUGUGUCAAAUUAUAUAAACCAAAUCUAUCUCCUCACACUUGGGUUUUAGGGGCAAAAUGGAUUCGCUGUCAAGCUGUGGCUUACAGCUACAGUCUUCUCUCUGAUUCUUCUCGUAGUGAUAAGAGAAUAUAAGAAGACAUAAUUGUGCUGAAAACGGCUUUGAUUACUUUUUAAUGAGCCAACUUGGGGAAACUUCUUCCUGCCAGUCGUGCAAUUACAGUAUUUGUUCUUGGAACAAGUAGGAACGUUUUGCCCUUGAAAUUUUUAUGAUAAUAUUCAGUAGUGGUGGCCCUCAAACAUGGAGAAGAUUACAUAUUUCACAUGGGUCACAUGGCUAUCUCUACUAUCUGUUACUGUCUACACUGACCAAUUGUUGUGCAUUAAACACUAAUGAGAUGGUGACUGGGAGUUUUGGAGCCCAGUGCUGUAUUUAGAAUGAGGCAGCUUCACACAUAAGCACACACACACUAUGUUCCUUUGCUAAGUUCUUGCUCAGGAAAGAACCUCACAGCUGUAAGUGUAAAGAUUCUGUACAUAGAGACCUUUGUAGAAGUAGCCAAAACAGCAUGCAUCAUCACUUUUUUGCUGUUCGUUUUACAUUCACACCCACUUGGUGGAUAAAGACGCGCUACUGCCAACCUCGUCUUAUCGUAGACCACAGCACUCUCGCCUCCUGCCGCAAGCCAUGUCGAGACUGACGUCGUUUUUCAGAAGCAUACUACACAUUAUGCCGUCUAUUACCGCUGUUUAUUUAGCACCCCUGCUGUUAAUGCAAGUUACAUUAAAAAAUAUCUUGAUUUCAUUACCUAGCAGUUCUAUGCAUCCAAAUUAAUUUGUAGCUUUUCUUUUUUGGAUGAAUCACAGCUGACAUCUUACAUCUUUAUCCAACACGACACAUUUUUUUUUUUUUUUUGCCAGAUUUCAGUCUGCUCAUAUCUACUGACUUGAGGUUUGUGUUCAAAUGUUGACUCAAACGCCACUCACAUCUGACAAAAUUGUAAAAACUAAACAUGCGUUAGCUGACCACAUGCGGCUUUCAAGGGAAGACAUGCACCAUUUUGGCUUUAGGGUAACUAGGGGUCACAUCAGCUUUGCUGACCUGUGUCUUACGGGAACAAUGUGUAUGAAGCAUACUUUUUAAAUUUAUUCAUCUUUUAUUUAUUCAGAUAUUUUAUUUUCUAUCCUUUUGUUCGUUUCAGCUCUUUCGGCCAUUUGUUUAUUUCAUAGAUUUUUCCGCUUAUACUUGAUGAACAGUAAUAACAAUGUAUCCUUUCUGUCACUGGUCCCCUUGAGCAUUAAUAAUGAGCUACAGAAGGAGAUCUCUGUAAUCACUCUAGAGGAAAUUGAGCAAUACUCGACUGGCUGUAGAAACUGUGAUUCCUGGUGUCCUUUCGAUUAAGUCCACGUAUCUGUAAGUGGAAGUCUAUAGUCCUCGCCAGCCGUCAGGUCCAUCGGGAUCGCUGACACACAUAGCCACUAACAUAUGGCUGCUGUCGAAUCAAUGUUUGUGUGUGUGUGUUCCUGUUCUAACACACACUGAAACAUGGAUUUUCAUCCUGUGGCCACAUAAAGACAGCAGCCACACUGUCAGUACGAUUAUUAGAUGACUUAAUUAAAGUGUACUAUGUGAUGGCUCGUGCACAGCCACUUUGUCUGACUUUACCUGAUCUGUUGUCAAGAGUAUUCACUGUGCACACCUGUGAAUUUAUAUGAAAAUGUGCAUCUCAAGAAAAAUGGGGAGAAAACUGAUCCCAUUUAUUACAGAAUCUCAAGUUUGACUUCAUUGUUAGUCUUUUAUUUAUACAUGUAUCGUUUUAAUUUGUGCAAAGGUCGAUUGGUCGUCACACCAAUCAUUCAGAUUAUGUCACUGUAUUGUUUCUUGCAUUGUCUGAGAUGAAAAUUUCGAUUUCAACCAGAAGCUUAAUUAGAGGGAUACUAGAAUUUUUUUUGUGUGAAUAGAUUAUUUCAUGUAGUCCGUUCUCUUUGUUUAGAUGGCAAAUAAAUACUGUUUAAAUACUGUUACACAGUUCAAAGCAAUGCUUUUUUCCAAUGCAUUUCUCACUGUAUUUAGUAGCCGAUGUCUGUUCAUUUUGCCAAGCACUUAAAGGUGUAUUUGUAGAUGUGAUGUUUGCCAGGACCAGUGGUCACCUGUAGGUCCUGUCCUGAAUUUGUGAGCUCUGUACUGUACUCCUUGACCGAGUUGAUGACUUUGAUGGUAAUAAAAUGGAAUUCAUCCGUUUA